AUGAUCAACCGGCGGAAGUUCUACGCUGAAUACGAGCGCUUCUGGUCGUCACCGCCUAUAGAAAAGGAUACAGCAGAUGCCGCGAUGUUAGCGCUGCACUUUGUCAUCUAUGCGAUGGGCACGCAAUUCAUGCAAGUGGCCUCAGAUCCACAGGAGAAGGAACAGGUGGCAGAAUUCUACGUUUCUGCGGCGCAUCACUCCUUACGCAUAUCGAGCUAUCUCAGCCGCCCUUCUCUACCCGCCAUCCAGGCCAUGGUUCUGAUAUGCUAUUUUCUCAUGAACGACAACCAUGCUUCGGAUGCCUGGGCGUUCGGAGGUGUCCUAAUGCGCCAAGCGUACGCCAUGGGCCUGAACCGCGAUCCCGAUCGCUUUGGACAGCGAACCUCCAAAUCCGAGAAGCAGCAGCGCCGCAAAGUCUGGCAGGCAGUCAUGUUCCAAGACACCUUCCUUACAGUACUUCUUAAGCUUCCCCCGACAGGCACCUUUUCCGACAUGGCCGUGGACUCACUGACCGACGAACCCGACGAAGAUUCCGCCUACAACAACAGCACAGGCACAGGCACCGGCCCACCGACUCCAGCAUACAGCAAUCCGAUGAGCAUCAACCACAUCGCACCUUCACCCAGGCCCGUGGAGCCAAUACCCGACUACGAGUACAUCCGCAGCAUGUGGAGGUUGGCCAAUCUCGUGCAGGCCACAAUUUGUAGACCUCGAGCCCUGAAUCAUCCCCUGACGGCCAACGCGCGGGAAAAGGCCAACAUGUUAGCCACAUACCGCACGCUCUACUCGUCCUUCCCGAGUUCCCUGAACACUACCGACCGCGAUACCGUGGCCCGGCUUGCCGCCAGUGAUCCUCGGCGGGCACGGCAAAAUCUGUUUCUACGAAGCAACUACUGGCACUGUCUGAUGAUCCUGCAGAUGGACGAAAACGACGCCGGCGGGGUGAGAUGCGACGUCAAAGGGGCGCUGGAAGCCGCCAGGCUGGCCAUCGAAGCGUUCUUCGAGCUCUGGGAUUUCUUGAGGGUUGACGCUGGCGUAUGGUGGGUCUUCCAGCAUCGCGCUUUCGAGGAAGCACUCACGAUAUCCAAACUUCUUGCAGCUGAUCGCCAGCAACAACCGGUGUCGCCCGGCCAACCACCCAAAUCAAUGAUGCCGGAGACGCUCUUCGUCGCUGCGAAAAUGGAUGUUAGGAAGAUGCUUGAUAUUCUCGAGCAUGUCGGCAGCGGUGCGCCUGAGAUGCAGAAGACGCGGACGGAUGUGCUGCGGACGGCAUUUGAGGAGAUUCCUUGGUAG